CAAGUGGGCACCAUGUCAGCAAAGUGGGUUUCAUUAUUAUUUCCCCAAAAUCCAACCCAGUUCAAACCCUUAAACUAAAACAAAUUAUCGAGAGAGAUGAUUCAGAGCAGGCGAUCGAGAGAGACAAAGUGUCCGAGAGAAAUCAUAAUCUCCCUUACAGACACACAUAUCUCUGUCUCUCGCUCUAGAGCUAGGGUGUGGAAUGGGUGUAGCCGCAUUUGUUUCAGAGAGGAAUUUAUAGGCGGCCCUGGUGGCGCCCGCAACCUGUUCGAUGUUUUAUCUCAGAGAAUCAGGGGUUUGAAUUGGGGCGUUUUCGGAAGUGACUGUUGGUGGGGUUGUUUGGAUUUGUAUUUCUUUUUUUUUUUUUGGGUUUUGGUUUUCCGGUGGAAGUGGAGGCCAUGUUGGUGCUUUCGGAAUUGGAGAUUGAGGACUGGGGCUCUGGCUCCUGUUUUUGUUGGUAGAACUGGCGUGGCUUCCUUUUAUGGAGCCUAAAUCAAGGAAGGUUGAUAAGGCCCAAAUAUUUGAAAUAUGCUGCUCAAGGAAACUGAUGGUGGUUUUUACCCAACCCCAUCAAAGAGAGAAGUCCCAAACUGAGAAAAGGAUGAUAAGAGUUGCAACUGAGAUACCUGAGAAGUGUUUUGCUGGCUCUCAACUGGAAAAUGUUGUGUUUGAAAUUGUCAAAUCUAAUGGUGUUAUCAAUGAAACAAUAAACGAUAAUGAGAAGGUUGACCUGUCCCAUGCACCAUGCUCUAGUAUUGAAGUCUGACUCAACAGAUAUAGACGAUUCUGUGAAAUAUAGCUUUCUUCAUGGCUGCUGCACUGUUCGUGCUAUUCCGCUUCCUCAGACAGAAGGAAGUUUCUCCUUUCUUGCUGCACAUUCUUGCUACCCAAAGCUUAACGUGACCAUAACGAGAAAGCUCCUGAAAUUGUGUAUGACAAUAGCGAGCCUCAGUGUACUGAUGAAGAUAAUUUAUUCCUUGAGAAGUCAUCCAAUUUGGAAACUCCAAAAGUUCAGCAUGACGAUAGAUCAAUAGUAAUGGUAACAAGCCCGGAAUCUGCCAAGGAGAUAAAAAACAUAGCUGGAAGCCUUUACAAUGAACAAAAGUUAAGGAACUUAAGGACAAGAUUGUGGAGUAUGCUACGUACAUUGGAGAGCAUGGAAAAACGAUUGAAAUGCUCCAUAGCCAGCAAGUGGAAUUUGAGCAAGCCCUGUCCAAAAUGCAAGUUUCAUUGGAUGCCAUCUCUGAUGGUGACUCAAGUUAUUCACCAGGUGUCGUUUCACUUCUCGGAAGUGUUGAAAGUUGAAACCAAUGAACUUGGCAGGAUUUUGGCAGAGUUUCUGGGUGAGGAGCAAAUGCUUGGAGUCGUGUGUAAAUCUCUUAAAGUGGCUUACAAUCUUGAAACAUGUGAUGUUGAUGGAAGUGUGAAGUGUUCCACUGGUCUUCAAGCACUGGCAUCUGAGUAUGCUAUAUCUUUGGAUGGUCGUUAUUCUGUUAUCUGUCUUGAAGAUACAAGGCCAUAUGAAGGGGAUUAUGACAGUGGCGAUCCCCAGAGGAUGCUUCUGUUGCCCAAUCCUACAUUGCCAAAUGGAAAUUGUCCACUGGGGUUUAUAGGUGAUGCAGUCAAUAUGAUAUAUUUGGAUGACCAUCAGCUGUACACAAGGACUUGUGGUGGUAAACGUCUUCGGGAGACCUUGUUCCAUCAUCUUUUAGGCAAGGUCCAAGUUUAUAAAACUAGGGAAAGCAUGAGAAAGGCGCUAGAAAAAUCUUGCAUUCAACAGGGUGCAGUUUCAUUACAUGGAGGCAUCAUCAGAGGAAUUGGAGUUGUUUCUCUAGGACGUAGGUACGUGAUCAUUUUUCUACAGCAGAUAAAUGCCUCAGCUGGCCAAAAUUCAUUGGCAUUAGUACCAGUGGACCAAGAUGGGUGUGAUAUUACUGAAAAGCGUGAACUUGAAACUGGGACACUCUCACAGAAGGAAGCUGUUGUGGAUGCUUCCAAGGUUCAAUUUUGCAGAAACUAUAGGAUGCCUUGAAACAGGAAGGUCUAACAAUCAAGAAACAUGAAGACAAUAUUAAUUUUUUAAGAGACAGGAAAACCUCAUAGAUGUUACCAUUCUUAAUUUGCAAGUUACUCUUGGCAAGUAUCAUUCUUCAGAUGGACUAAUGGCGGAUAGAGGCGACCUUUGCAAAACUGAAUGUAGAGACGAUUCAACAUAAUCUAAAGAAUACAAAUUAUGCAGCUGGAAUUGUGUGUCAGCUAAAGACUGACCAUACUCAGGGGUCUCUACUUCCAUUGACUAAGGGAGUGCUUGGGAUUGUUGCAUCCCUUGGAAAGAUAAAUGAUGAUACUCUUAGCAGCCCAUAUGUUGGCGAUUGUAUAACUGAUGAUCCACAGAAGAGGCCAGAUAUUCCAAAACCAAGAUUACCUAAUGGAGGACUCUCUCAUGGCUUUAUAGAUUAUGCUGUGAAUAUGAUCAAUAUUGACAGAGAGAACUUAUUAAAUGUCACACAUGAUGGCCAUAGCCUCAGAGAGACCCUUUUCUAUCAUCUGUUCUUGCAUGUGCAAGUUUACCAAACAAGGGAAGAUAUGAUUCAGGCUGUUCCCUGGAUAAGAAUUGGAGCCCUAUCUUUGGAUGGUGGAAUGAUAAUGAACAAAGGAGUAUAUGCUUUGGGCGAUGUGUAAGCUCACUUGACUUUAAAUAUUAAUUUUUUUUAUACAACCGAGUAUGCAAGAACUCUGUUUAUUCUUGGUCCUGUAAAGUUAAACUAAUUAUUAAAUUAUCUUUGUUUGGCUUACAAUUUCUUGUUACCAAGUAAACAAACAACUCUACAAUCAAAGGUUCAAUUUCCCCCCUCUGCAGACUGCAAUCAAUACAGCGGGCACUUAGGUUCUCUCCGCUUCUCAAUUUUAAUUAACUCCAAAAUUGGGUAAGUUAAUUUCAGUUCUAAAAAUUGAAUUUAGAAAGUCACCAAGUUUGGAAUGAGUAGGUCUCCGGCGUUCGAAUCUGGAGCUGACGGAAUCCUCGCCGUCGAGAACGGCAACGGAGGAGGUCUCAGCCCGAGACAGAGAGAUAAGUUUUGUAUGGUCAAAACCAAGUAAGAGAUUGCUUCAUUAUUUGUAUAGUCUUGUCAGGUAACUUGAAACUUAUCUGUAUUUCGAUUUAUGUGUGUCUUUCUCUAUUGCCUGCUAUAUGUUCGAUCAAAUGUCGCAAUGAGAAAGGAUAUCAGGGAUUGGAAUUUUUGAUGUCAGCACUUGAUUGAUUAUUCUUCUUGUUAAUUGAUUUGUGCAAAUACCCUCUUUGUUUGUUAUUGUUUUAAGUGUUCUCUUGGUUUUUAUGAGACUAUGCUGUAAUUUGAAGUCAACUGCAUGGUUUACUUGGUAAUAUUUUGUCUGGGAUCUGUUAUUUGGGGAGCAGUAUUUUCUAUCAUUGUAUUGUGGGCAAUUGUUUUUUCGCUUGUGUGAGUGGGUUUAACUGUGGAUUAUGAAUUGACUGUUUUUCAGUGAUGUUUUGGUAGUUUCUUGACUUAGAUCAGAUGUUUUUAGUGUUGUCUAUAACGUGUUAUUAUCUGUUAGCUUUUCAAAGGUAUCCUACAGUUCGAAGGUGUGCAACAAUUUCCGGUGGAUGGAUGAAGUUUCAUAACAUAUGAGUUGCGCAGGCUAUUAAGAAUGGUUUGUUUGUUUCCUAUUAUGAGGAAUUCGGUACCUUAAUGGGGUCUGGUACCUUUACGGGGUCUGGUUGAUGGAACCAGUAAGCUGCAUAUGUGUGGAUAUGUUAUACUCCCUUUGUCCCAUUUAAUUCUAUACGUUUCUUUUUAACUGCUCGACACGCAUUUCAAUGCUCUUAUAAAAUAUAGUUCCGUAACUUAUUUUUGAGAUUUUCUUUUUUUGUAUAAAAAUAUAACAUCCAAACUUUAAUUCAGAAAAGAAAAAUUUUAAAAAUAGAUUACACAACUACGCUUUAUAGGAGCAUUAAAGUCCGUGCCGCGUCCCCGUCCCCCAAUGUAUACAACUCAGGGGGACGGAGGGAGUAUGUUAUAGCAUAUAAGUUUUACCUAGGUUAAGAUCUGGUUGGUGGAAGGAGGGUGUAUAACGGUAGAUAUUAAUUAGGAUAACUUAAAAAUCAUUAAUUAGGAGUCAAUACAUUCAAUUUUUACCAUAAUUAGUUUAAUGAAACGGACUAGGAUUGAAUAGAUUGAUGGAUUAUAGGAAAUAUAAAAAGUUUAUAGGAGUCAUAUCAGGUUUUUUAAAGCAUAGAGUAGGCUCUUAUUUUAGGAAGGUUUAAUAAUAAAAUUAAGUUAGACUUGAUAUGAUCACAUUCAAUAAACAAUAUUUUAGUAGUAAUUAUCGAUCUUGCUAAUAUAGAUGCUUUAAAAUCCAUUUAUUCCCGAAUCUUUCGUAUUUGAGAGGCUAUUGUAUUUAUACUUACAGGGGUGUAUUGGAUUGGGAUUUUAAAGCAUUUUUUUGCAUUCAUGAAAUCCGAGGGUAUUCGAUUGGGAUUGUUUGAAAUCCAUUAAAAUCUUGAGGUAUUCAAUUGGGAUUUUAAAUUAUGCUACAAAAUCUGGUGGUAUUCAAUUGGGAUUUUAAAUUAUGCUUUAAAAUCCGAUGGUAUUCAAUUGGGAUUGUUUAAAAUCCAUUAAAAUCUGAUGGUAUUCAAAUGCUGGUGGAUUUUUUUUCAUUUCAUAAAAUGAUGGAUUUUGUGGCAUUCUUCGGUGUAUUUUAAGUUUUUUGAAAUCCCACCAAAUUCAAUGGGAUUUUGAAGCAUUGUACCUAAAUCCCAUCAACUCUGCGACAUUUCAUCAAGAAUCCGCACAAAAUCAAAAUCUCAUACAAUCUAUUAAAAUCCAUAGACUAAAAACAAUGCAUUAAAAUCCCAAUCGAAUACACCCCCGUUAGUUUACGAGACUUGUUUAUGCUAUUACUGUUUCACAAGAAUAUUUUAAUACUUUGUGUCUAACCAAAGUUUUCACUUUGGUUAGACUUUUUAAUCUUUUCGCAUUUAUAUCACUUUCUUUAUAAGUUCUAAUAUUUCUUAUUUUUUUGAAUAAGAUGUUAUGUUUUUUGUGAGGAAUUAUAUGUUAUAAUUCGUUUAUUUUUCCACAAUUUUUACUUUUUUCUUAUAUUAUCAUUCUUAUGUUUCUCUUUGUUUACUUUGAUUUUCAGGAUCGUGGAAAAAGACCUUAUGGGUUUUCUUAUGAGUCUUUGAAGUCUUAUUAUCUAAACGUCCGGAGAUAUCUUUGCGUAUCUUUCGGUUAGAUGAUAAACUUUUUUAGAUCAAAGAAAUCCCUGAUGCGGCUAUUGUAUCUAUGAUACAACUCAUCUACGAGCAUGUAGACCCUGACAAAAAAAAAAAAAAAAAGUAAACAAACCACUGGUUUUUCGAGCCUGUCAGAGAAAUAUAACGGAAUUGGCUAAUAAAGUUUUUCCUUUGCGUAGAUGGUUGUUCUGCAGUAUGUCCAAGACCUUUUUUUCUCUUUUGAAACCCAACUGUGUGCUAAAUCUUUAAGAAUAUGUCAAUCUCUAAUUUAUUUAUUUGUUUGUUUAUUUU